GAGCCCGGUCACAUGACCAUGAUGUCAUCAAGUGUCCUUUAAGCCCCUGGCAGGCAGUGUGUAGUGUGGUGGCCGCGGCAGCCGGCGGUAUGGGCACCUGCUGAGAGGCGUGAUCACCGGGGACGGAUUUUUUUUUUUUUUAGUUUUUUUUUUUUUUUUUUUUUUUGCUCUCCUCCCUCCCUUUUCAUUUCUUUAUUUGUCAGGGCAUGUGGGUCGGUGCAGGAGACCCCGGCAGAGGGGGAUGAAGGUGGGCUGUGCGGUCAUUGUGACUGCAGGGAUCCGGAUCGCACACAAUAGCCUGACACACACACACUGCAGGAGGAGCCCGUCACUUACGGCAGACGGUCGUCGCGUGACCCGGCCCGGGCUAGUAGUCAAGUGGUUCUGUAGCCCCCGGGGAGGCCCCAUCGCGGCCUGGAUGUCGCCCAUAACCGGGGAGAUGCAGCUGUGACCCCGGCGGAGAAGAUGGGAAUGCUGAGCUGCUGCCCGUACCCAGCCAGCUCACAUCAGUGCCAGCCCCGGGCUGCUCCUGGGAGCCCGGCUACUGUCAUCAGGGGCCCCGAGGGUCCACACCGCUCUUCUCUCUGAGGAUCCCUGAGGACACUGCUCCAGCUUAGAGACCUGUGUGCGCCCCCCCUGCUGAGAACUACCUCCAGGAGGGGCAUUCACCACCCCCUGUCCUCACCUGAUUGCCCCACUGGUAGCUAUGACCCAGCUCCGAUCCCAUCCACCCUGUGCAUCCUCCUCCUCCCUGUGACUCGUGCUGUGUACACAUUUUGCGUCUUGCCUGCGUUUAUUUUGGUGAGUUGCCCCUCCCCCCUCCAAGGCAGUUGUUCAAUGGAAGUAUGUUACCAGUUGCCGGUGCUGCCCCUGGACAGGCCGGUGCCCAAACACGUUCUCAGCCGCCGCGGUGCCAUCAGCUUCAGUUCCAGCUCUGCGUUGUUCGGAUGCCCAAACCCCCGGCAGCUUUCUCAGAGACGUGGGGCUAUUUCGUACGACAGCUCUGACCAAACUGCUUUGUACAUUCGUAUGCUAGGAGAUGUCAGAGUAAGAAGCAGAGCUGGGUUUGAAUCCGAAAGACGAGGCUCUCAUCCCUACGUUGAUUUUCGUAUUUUGCACUCACAUUCGGAAAUUGAAAUCUCCUUGUCUGCAAGAAACAUCCGGAGAUUGUUGAGUUUUCAACGGUACUUAAGGUCUUCACGAUUUUUCCGGGGUGUCGCUGCACAAAAUUCAUUGUACUUGGAUGAUGACUACAAUGGACAAGCCAAGUGUAUGCUGGAAAAAGUCGGAAACUGGAAUUUUGAUAUAUUUCUUUUUGAUAGAUUGACGAAUGGGAACAGUCUGGUUACCCUAACCUUUCACCUCUUGAGUCAUAAUGGUCUAAUAGAUCACUUUCACUUGGACAUGGUGAAGCUGCGUAGAUUUCUAGUUAUGGUUCAAGAAGACUACCACAGCCAGAACCCAUAUCACAACGCAGUGCACGCUGCUGAUGUGACUCAGGCCAUGUACUGUUAUUUAAAAGAACCCAAGCUUGCCAAGUCUCUCACUCCAUGGGAUGUCCUGUUGGGUUUAAUCGCAGCUGCAACACAUGAUCUGGAUCAUCCUGGUGUGAAUCAGUCUUUUUUAAUAAAAACAAACCACUACUUAGCAACUUUAUACAAGAAUACCUCAGUAUUAGAAAACCACCACUGGAGGUCAGCAGUGGGCUUGUUGCGAGAAUCCGGUUUGUUUGCACACAUGACUUUGGAGGAAAGGCAACACAUGGAAAGCCAGUUAGGAUCAAUUAUUCUUGCUACAGACAUUAGUCGACAAAAUGAAUACCUGUCACAGUUCAGAACCCACCUUGACCGGGGCGAUUUAUGUCUGGAGAACGCUGGGCAUCGCCAUUUUAUUCUGCAGAUGGCUUUGAAGUGUGCUGACAUCUGUAACCCAUGCCGGACUUGGGAGCUCAGCAAGCAGUGGAGUGAGAAAGUAACAGAAGAAUUCUUCUACCAAGGAGAUGUGGAGAGAAAAUGUGAUCUGGAGAUCAGUCCUUUGUGCGAUCGUAACACAUCAAACAUCGCCAACAUCCAGAUUGGGUUUAUCACCUACCUGGUGGAGCCGUUGUUUGUGGAGUGGGCCAGAUUCAGCAACACAAGACUGUCACAGACCAUGCUGGGCCACGUGGGACUAAAUAAAGCCAGCUGGAAGGGAAUGCUGCAGGAACGGUCCAGUAGUGAAGAGGCCGACCCUGCCUUUGAUGACUGACCUAUAAUAUGUAUUUUUUUUUUUUUUUACCUCAGGAAGUCUGCGCACCAUGAACCUAAAGCAUGCAUCACAGCGGCUUUGCGAUGGUAUUUUUUAUAGCGAGUGAUCAGUAAAGGUCUUGGUGAGAGAGAAUUAAUCCUGAUUGCCAAGGUUACAUUAUAAAAAGAAAAAAAAAUGCCAGCAUUAUUUAUCUCCAAUUUUUCCUUUUAACAAGCUCCAUUUUAUUAGAAUUUUUUUUUUUUGCCAAUUAAAUUUUUUUUUUAUAUUCUUUUCUUUUUUUGUUUGUUUUUUUCAUUUUAUUUUAUUUUUUAAAAGCCUGAACAUAGAGCAAUAUGCACAUACCUCAGUUGAUUUCAUCUUAAUGAAAGCUUGAAUAUGCAAAGCACAGUAUUGACUGACUGAAAACUGCAGGAAGCUUUUCAUGUGCCACAGGUUUUUUUUUUUUUUUUGUUUUCUUCACUUUUUUUUUUUUUUUUUACUUUUUUUUUUAAAUCCGUUAAAGGAAACCUAUCUCUUAGUUAUUAUAAUUGAAAGCUAUAUUUCCAGCUACUGGUGGGAAUUUGCCAGACUUCAAAGACUGAUGUUCUAACUUCCACUUUGUGUUGACUUCUCGUUUUGGAAAUGUGAAGUGCCCACACUGCUUUGCUGCCACGGCAAGUAAUGCUGUUUACAAAUACACUGAAAAUACUGACUGACACUUGCCUUGAAGCAUGGUUGUGAAGGAACCACUAACUGGAUCUUUUAUUUUUUAUUCUGGUUAUUUAAGAGAACAAAUGUUGACUGCAAUCCUUCCUCUCCCUCACAGCACCACUUACUUCGUUUUGGAACUUUCCACAUUUUGCAAUACUCUCACUAGCAUACAGCCAGGCUUCAAUCCCUUAAUGGUUGGAAGAUUUGGAAUUAUUAUUAUUAUUAUUAUGUUUUUUCAUGGCAAAAUGCAAGGACUGUGUCCUGGUUGUUUUGCUAAGCUAUAGUGAAACGCGUUGCAUGCUGGGUUUUUCUAUUACAAGUUUCCACUACUGAACACUUGAACUGCACGGAAAAGGUGGAAUUAAUGUAAACACCAUAUUCAGCUCAGGGUAUUUGCCAAUCUGAAAUAAAGAGGGAAGGGAAUUUUUUUGUUCGGACAAGGGUACAAAAGCCUUUUUUGCUGCAGUGUGCCUGUGUGAGCGAGAGGACUGAAAUGUGUGCGAGUGUGUGCAUGGGAUUAGUUACAUGUCUAUACUGCGGGAUUGGAAAGCGACACACUUGCUGUUGCUGGACGACAAUUUUCCUGAUGUUUAUAGUGGUGUAUAGAUAGUGGGAGUUGUAGGUCAACAAAAGCGAAUGUGGCGGCUCACCAAUCCCGCAGUCUAUCUAGUUGUCACAGAUAAAAGGAUGAGUGAAAUGUAACGAAUUGCUAAAAUGCCUUAAUCUAUGCACAAAGCUAAGUGACCAAAUGUGUUGUGGUUUUUAUUUUUUUUUAUUUUUUUCUUUAUUUCCUCUCUGGAUUUUGUUUUUGUUUAUUUAGUGGACUAGUUUUGUGGGAUUUUGUUGUAUGAUAAGUUGUUUUUAGGACCAGUUGCAGGACUAAUUUUAAACUUAAACAUUCCAUUAUUUUGUAAUUUGUUUUAAGUAUAGUGAGCACAACUGUUAUCUAGAUAAAAAGACAAAAAGAUGGUGCUUUUUUAGCUGAUUUGUAUUUUCCUUGGUAUUGCUGUUAAAGACUGUUUAUCAUCUGUUUACAGUUUGUUGCAACAGACAUUUUUUUGGGAGACGGCUUAAGCGUGAAGCCAUUUGUACACGGCUUUGCCAUACUCAUUUUAAUAUGUGCCUGUUGCUGUUCAGUUUUGAUGAAUAAAAAUAA